AUGACUGCUCCUGAGUUGUUGAAUGAUUUGCUAUAUGAAGCUGAAGCAUUGUCUCCCAUCUUAGAGCCGCUAUCUGAGUUGACGCCGGCAUCGUUCUCUUAUCGUCGUCCCACCAGUCAUGUUCCGUCCGACAAUAUCCCAACCAUUCACGCUGUUGUAACACAGCGAAAGUCACAGCUUGCAGCUCUCGACAACCACAUCGACCUUCUGAACCAUGCAUUGGAAAAAUUGCAAGGUAUCCAGGCUAGAUUGAAGGAGCAACGGGCCAUUGUGCAAGAGUCGUUGGCAUUCCACGAAGCCCUGGUAUCUCCAGCACCCUAUCUGCUACCAUCAGAGCUUCUUGGAGAGAUAUUUCUUUGGUGUCUUCCCCAGAUAAAUUAUAUUACGCCUUCAUCGAAUGAAUGCCCAAUAGUCUUGACAAGGGUCUGCCGUCACUGGCGAGCAGUUGCCCUGUCCACUCCUCGAUUAUGGGCAUCCUUAAGCAUAUCCUUGCUCAGGGCAGACACUCCUACUGGUGAUGGGUACAAGCGUUGGCUAGAAAAAGCCAGGAGUGUUCCGCUAUCCAUUCGUGUCUUGCAUGACAUGGACCUCUCAGAUGGGAAAGCGCCUCUUUCCAUACAAUGGCUCCGACCUUUCUUGGGCCGAUGCUCUGACCUUUGGUGGCAUGGGCCUCCUAUCCAAGGUUUAUUGGACAACUCUGUCCAGUCCCUGUCACGCUUCCAGGUCACCUUCCACAAAGGAAAUCUCCUGUUCUCCAUACCCAGCCAAAUGCCACAACUUCGUUCCGCGGUCUUGCAAUCCCUGACCCACGAUCUACACUCUUUGCGUUCCAUUGACUUGCCUUGGCACCAGCUUUUGGACCUGAAGAUACAGUUCGCACGGGUUAGCAGUACUACUUUUCUGCAGGUCAUCGGCCUCUGCACGCAAGUCCAACGGGUCAGCGUUUCCUCCAUAUGUGCGGAUGCAUUGUCCCCAGACGGACCUGCAGCCGUUCCCUCUGAUAGGCACGGUGAACCACAGCAUUCAUCGACUUGA